AUGGCUCUUCAAUUAGAUGCUCUUGUACAGGAGUUUUUCACACCUCUCAGCACCUCCGCAAAUCAACAGCAACAAGAAAAACAAGAAAAACAAUUAUUUCGUCAUGAUAACUGUAGUUCAAUACUCUCAGGAGAUUUACGGGAGUUGGAUGGAAUUGUUCCACCAACAACACCAUGCGAUCCGCUAACAGAUAACUGGAAUAACAGCACGAAUACUCACAGCAAUAAUAAUAAUAAUAAUAAUAAUAAUAAUAAUAACAAUAACAAUAACAACAACAACAGUAGUAGUAACAUCAGUAACAAGAAUCAUAAGAAUAAUAAUUAUAAUAGUAACAACUACAACCAUGAAGGUAGUAGAGGAACUGGUCCAUUUGUAUCUUAUCUUGAUUUACAAUUACUCCCGCCUCUUCUACAGUACUUUAGUGGAUUAUCAACCGCCAGUAGCAGUGCAGCAUCUCUCAGUUCAUCUCCAUCAUUACAAGGCGUUUCUCCUAGUUUAACGCCUACCACAAUGUGGUCCUCAACCCCAACACGAAACUCAACACGAAAAGCUGCAGGACAUGUAGAUACAGUUCUCUCAGCAAGCCGCAAAACGAGAUCGGAACGACCACGUUCAGAAUAUCAUAACUCUUAUAGAUGGCCUUCACAUCGUCGAACAUCUACAGAUGCUCGUAUGGGCUCUACUCCGCAUGUUAGUGGUAGUAGUAGUAGUAGCAGUAGUACUGCAGUUAGACUCUCAGCGGAGCGAAUUGAUGUAUUUGCCAAUUACGCACAACCACCAUUAACAGAUGGUGGUAUCUCCUAUGAGUCUCUUGGGCGAUCAUAUCAACGAGGCCUUAACGCCCUUGUAGCGUUGGUGGAAUCCAGUAAUCGUUUACUUUUACAAGAACGAAAUUCUACCACUGUUGGAAUGCAAACAGCAGGAUUUACGGUAAACUUGGAGUCUGCUGCCUCUCUUCCUACUAAUAAGGCGAAUGCAGGCCCUAGUGAUCAACGAGAUGCGAUUGUGAAUCGUCUGAAUCGCCUCUUUCGCACACUUUCUGAACGUGGAGAACGUGUACUCGCCCUGCACAUCAUUACACGUGUAGCCACUUGGCGAUUUGCAAGUAGAAAUGAACGAGUGACUAUUCUAUUUAAUCAUCUUCGUGCCUGUUUACCAACCUCACGUUUGUCUACAGCAACACUUGCUAUGGAGGCGUGGGGUCAAUUACAUGUGAUUGGGGCCAGCUCCACAGUGUAUCUUAAAGUCACCUCUGAACUUCUCUCACUUGCCUGCGGCUUUGCACAGUAUGGGAAUACAGAGGCUGAACAAUUAACGGGUCUUGUUAUUAUUCGACAUAUAGCCCUAUGGCCAACAUCUCUCUACCGUGCACUUUUAUCAAAUGAACGGGAUGCACUUCUUCUUGCGAUAUGGACUUCACUUUGUAAUGAUACCUUUUCAGAACGUAUUCGAGAGUUAGCCGCAGCGACAUUACGGGCAUUAUUUGUUAUUGCACUUGAGCAGAAAAAUUACCGAUCUGUAAAUACGUUGUUACAACACGCUAUACUAUUGUUAACAUCUCCGGAAAAGAAACAAGAUUUUCCAAGUUUAUUCUCUGUUCCAUCCAUAUCGCGAAUACUACAACCAGUGGAAGGAAUACAAGAUACCUCCAGUAAUACAUUCCAGCGUCCACCUGUAUUACAACAGCCCACUCCUAUAGUGACAACACGACGUAGUGAAGUAAAGACGCACACAUUGAGUAAUUCCAGUGGUGGUACUGGUACUGGUACUAGUACUGGUGGUAGUCGUGGUAAUAGUCAAUCUCCACAAGUAUUUGGACUUAUUAAAACAAAACUGGUUUCACUUGGAAAGCGAUUAUUAGGUGGUGAUGGUAAUAUGGAUAACCAUAAUAAUAAUAAUAAUAAUAAUAAUAAUAAUAUUAGUAGUAGCAGUGUCCAUCAUCACCUUUCUUCAUCUGCAAUGACAGCCGAUUUAUCUGUGGAUGUUACGUUAACAGCUAAAGAUAAUGCAGCCAUCACAACAACUAUAGAAGAAUUGAAUACUUCUUUAACCUCCUGCUUUCAACUACCAGCGUUUGAUAUUCCUCCUUCAAGUGUACGUGGACAUACUGGAAGUGCAACGAGAUCCACACACAGAAAGUUACAAUACCGUCUCACUCAAGUACCAUUACCACGAAAUCCUGAUAUUACUUUACACGCAGGAACCUUGGUAGUAGGAGCUUAUAUUGGUGCAUUACGCUGUUGCCAUCCAAACUGUGAACCAUCUUUUCUUACUUCCGUAGACUUACAAACAUCUCCAAGUGUUGCAACUACAACUACCACCACAACAGGUGGAGGAACAGGAGGAGGGGGAGCCGCCACAACAUCUACAAUGCCUCCACCAAUGAGUACUGAACAAACAACAGGACGGGGAGCGAUCCCAACAUCAAAUAUCGCCACUACUACUACUACCACUACUACUACUACUACUAUAGUCCAUGGAAAUGUAACAGGAUCACCAUUACGAGUACUUACCAGUUCACCUUCUUCUUGUGUGAGUAGUCUGCGUAGUGCGAGACGUGAUAUCUCACCAGGCCGAGAUACCGCUGAGUUCCCACUUCGUGUAGAGGAUGAUGUGGAUGUGGUUUCCCACAGCACAGAGACGGAGGACUCCGCUAGAGGAAUUCCACAGCGCCGGGAUACGGCCAUUCAACCUGCAAAGAGUCGUGAUCACAACAUGCGGGAAGGAAAGGAUGCGGAUGGGCAUCACAUGGAGGAGGAUGAGGAUGAUGAGGAUGAUGAGAAUAACAAUGAUGUUCAUGAUGAUGAUGAAGAUUCGGAUGAUGAUAAUGAUGAUGAUGAUUCCGAUGAUGAUGAUGAUGAUGAUGAUGAUGACGAUGAUGAUGGACCGGAAUGGUGUAGUUUACGUGGAGCCUUUAAAGAGGAUAGUCGUUCAUUGGAAAUGCCUGUACUUCUGCGAAGACGUUUACCCACACAAAUGAAUACUUCUGUGAAUACAACGAUGAUGCCUCAACUGCGUGGAAUGACAAUAGGGAGAACAGGAGGAGCCGCUGGAGUCUCCACCACAUCAUCCAUUACAGGUAUGCCAAACUACCAACAACAACAACAACAACAACCACAACAACCACAGCAGCAGCAUUAUUAUUAUUAUCAUCAUCAUCAUCUGAAUCAACAGCAUCAAAGAUUUCGACAUGAAAUGUCAGAUGAAAAGCCAAGUCGUACAGUUUCACUAAGAUUUGCAAAUGAAAGUAAAAAAGCUGCUGAAUUAGGUUAUUUUAUUCCCCCUUUUACAUUACGUAAGUUAUUGGAAUUAUGUAUUUCAUGUAAUCCAGAAGAAAAUGUGGUGCAAUCAUGGUCUACAGAACGGUUACUUCCUGUUCUUGCCAUGUAUAGUCCACGAAGUUUACAAGAAAAGGAUGUACAUAUGGCUUUACGUCUUCUUGUAUCUCGUUCCAUUACGGCAUUUCGAGGUGUUGCUGAAGUGUCAUAUUCAUCUCAUCGUACAGAAGAUGAAUUACGAGAUAUAUAUUCUUCUGAACUAUUUUAUUGCGUAAAUGAUCCAUGUUCAAUGUCUCUUAUUAACAUGACUCUUUUCCUUGCUGCUAUUUCUAGUACGUAUCCACGUAUAUACGAAGCUGUAUUUUUACAACAUGUUUAUCCUAUUCUUCACUGUGCUUUACAAUAUAAUACACCAACGUAUUGUCCAGCUGCAUUUCCUGUUCUUGCCCUACUUGUACACAACACACCACAUGAAUUGCGUGAACGAUUUCAACCCAUUGUGACACAAUUAACAGAAAUGGCAAUUGCAGCUCCUUUUACGAAAGAAAUGACUGGAAUUACCGCAAAGGUUUGUGCUGUAUAUCAAGAACUCCGACCACUAUGUCGAUCGGCGGUAAUACAACGUAUUACAGAAGUUCUUACAGAUAGUGAAAGAGUACGUAAUAAUAAUAAUAAUAAUAAUAAUAAUAAUAAUAAUAAUAAUAAUAAUAAUACGGACGUAAAGGAUAAAAUGGACACAACUACAGCUUUAAUCACAAGUUUUUUUAACUUGGAAAAGAAGAAAAUGUGUUUUCGUGUUUUACAAGGUUUCUCUAUGAAUUGGGAAGGAACGGGAUAUUUCUUUUUGGAAGUCUGUGCCCCUUACAUGCUUCACCGCGAUGCGGCUCUUCGACGAGAGUGUAUACUCUCCUGUGUGAAGAUCCUUCUCUCCGACUGUCUCUAUACCGUACAGGAGGAGGGAAGUGAAGGAACUCCUGUUGGAAAUCGAAUGACUGUUACGAUGUGUAGUCCACGACAUUCACGUGGGGAAGGCCAUGAUCCACAUCUCUUAUCACCAGGAACAGUUCUUCAUGCUUCUACUUCAGCGAAUAUAAAAGGAAAAUCUGCGACGAUGAUGACAACGACGAAUGUUACCAAUACAAAUACGAUUCCUACAGCUACAACGACUCCUGGGACGAGUGCGACUUUUGAUUUGGAGUAUCCAUCUACACGUACAAGAUUCCCUUCUUUUCGAAAUGAAGAGAAUUCUAUACAUGUAACGGUUAAUAAUAGUACGUAUAAUAGUAGUGGGAUGAAGAAUAGUGCUCGUAUCCUUUUUACAUUAGAUUCCACACAUACUAAUAGUAAUAUGAUGUAUUCUUGUGAACAUCAUACAGGUCGAUCCCAUCUUAAUAUCUUACGUGAGGUAUUACAUCGAUUAGUAGAAGUUGCUGUAUGUGAUCCGGAGGAAAAUAUUCGUUAUGAAGCAUUAAAGAAUCUUUCUUCAGAGACGGAUCAAUUUCUCUAUACACAUGUUGAGAUAAUAGAUCUUCUCUUUGAAGUACUUAAUGAUGAAUGCCCACAAAAUCGUGUAGAAGUAGUACUUAUUUUAAGACGACUUGCACAUUAUAUUCCAUCUGUAGUUUAUCCACGAUUACGUAAAGUAUUAGUUCAAAAAAUACGUGAUUUUCAAGAAUCUGUUGUUUAUUCACAUUAUUGUCAUGAAAGAACUAAUAAUACCACUAUUACUAAUGCAGAACAAUUAAAGUUAAUGUUUGAACUAGUACAAGCUGUUUCACAUUCUAUACCACUUUAUAUGGAUAGUUUAUUACAAUUACUGCAGCAAGUUUUAAUGCCACAUCAUUCAGCUGAACGUGAUACGGUAGUAAUAGCUCUUCGUAUGUUAUCAUAUCUUAUGGAUGAAAGUCCACGUGAAGAGUGGUGUAAAUUUGAAGUAUUAUUAAAAAUUCUUUCUGCUCAAUUACUACUUCGUGAUGGGGAUAGUGAACGAUUACAUGCUGCUAUUGGUGCAUUACAACGAAAUAUUCAAUGUGUUUUAGUAGCAAAACCAUUUUAUAAUACAUCUGAAUUACAAAAUAUUAUCUCAAGUUUACAAUCAUUAUUAUAUCAGAAACCUUCUAUUGGAUCAGAGUUAUCGUUAUCCGUUUUAAAGUUACUUGGUACAAUUAGUUCUAUUGAACCACAUCAUCAUCGUGAGGAUAUUCAAGGUACAACCGUUAUCCUUAGUCGACCAGAGUAUAAGUAUAGAUUACCAUUUCCACUUCACAUUAAUGAUACGAAGUUAUUAUUACAAAAAAGACAUGGUGAUCCAUUACGAGCACAAUUUACAGAAGCUAUGUGGCCUGAUAUUAUUCUUCAUGUACUUUUACGAACUUUUUCAGAAGCUUUAAACGGUGUUAUCGCCUUUACAAAUGAAGAAUUAGGGGCAUGUUUACAGGCAACAGUAGCUAUUCUACGAGAUGCACGUGUAUUAAAAAGUUUAGAUUUAUAUAUGCCUUCACUUUUAAGUGUUCUUGCGGGUUUAUUAGAACGUGCCGGUGCAGAUUCUCCAUUACGAGUAUCUACUAUGGAAAAUAUUGCAGAACUUGUACAACUCGCUGGUCGAGCUAUUGCGCCUAUGUAUGCUAUUUUAGUAGCAUUUCUUGAACAACAUUGGGUAUCUUCCUCUUAUGCACUUUCUAAAUGUUGUAAAUUACUCAUGGCACUUUGUAUGUCUGUACCAGAUUUGGUACAAGAACAUUGUGAAAAGUUUCUCUCUCUUUUAUUGGGUAAACUUGUACAACUUUUGGGAGAAACUCUACCUGCAACAUCUGUUGUAAAUGUCCAACAAUUAUCAACUGGUAAUCAUCGACCUACAGUAGUACAUAAAAAAACAACAUGGAAUAAUACAACUUCAAUUGUUAUAAGUGAUAUACUAAAGGCCAUUCAUUCCCUUUUACCUAUUGCGGAUCAAUUAACAAUAGAAUCUGCUUGUUUAGCCCUUUCACAGUUACUUCGAAAUUCAGGAAGUGCAGCAGGAACAUUGGAUUCAAGAAUACAUACAUUAGAAUCUUCUUCUACUACUACUGCAUCUACUACUGGUAUUGACAUUGAGGUAAGCCGUCAGAUUGCACAGGUCUUGGUAGAUCUUUUGAAUACUAGUGAUGUGACAACGACUGCCACUGCUGUUAUUGAGAGUGCCUUACUGCAACUCUGGUACUACGCCGAUCUCCACGAGUCCGCUUUAAAGACUGUGGCACAUGAACUCCAACAACAACACGCCCAGGCAGAACAGCGAUCUCAACAAGGGAAACACCGUCAAGAGGGAAAACCACAACGUCAUCGUUGGCUGCCCUUCUUCUCCCGCAUGAGUACUCCGCCUGCGGCCCCACCGCCGGCUCCUGUGAGGGCGGCCCCGGGGGUGCGGGAGUGGGAGGCGGAACUCCGCCGGCAGCGGGGGGCGGGGGCGGCCGUGUGGUUCCCGCAGUCUUCACUCGCCCGCCUGCUGCUCGAGCCCGCCCCCCAGCGGGAGGAGGAGUGGGAGAAGCCGCCGGCCGGGUCGCAUCUCCUCCCAAUGUCGUUUCCAUUUGGGGAGGUGCACUCCGCGUGGGAGUCGCCGCUGGAGAUGGAGCUGCUCGCCUGCGUGCUGUUGGUCGCCGGCAGAUGUCGACUCCCCGCCGUCUCGUAUGAACUCAUGAUUGUGGAGUAUCUCAAGUACCGAUUUCAGGCAGACAACGUGGUGGUGGAUUUCUUUCACAGUCUCACCUCACCAAAGUACCGUGUGGGGCUUCUCCCUCUCAGAGCGCCCUCACAGGGACAGCAACUCGGUCCAUUAACACCAUCCGCAUCAGUAUCCACAUUCUCACCACGAUCUUAUCAUCAUCAACAGCAACAGAAGCAACAACCAUCACUAUCACCAGCACCACAACGACCACCACAACAGUCACAACAACAAAAUUUACAAGUAGAAGGGCAAAGACAGAAACAAGAGGGUGUACAAAGUAAAUCUACCGCAUUAUCUCAGGGUAGUAGUUCAACUGCUGCAUCUCAAGAUAUGUCAUCGAAUGUUAUACACACGGAACAACAAACAGAUCGUACAGGAAGGGUUAUAUCUGUUUCUCGUGAAGUACAAUUACAUUCAUCUCCUAUACCAAUUCGUCAACCACAAUUGAUGCAAGAUUCACACUCAUCUUCCAUGUCAUCCAUGCAUAUUAUUUCAUCUUCCAUGGCUACUGGACCAACAUCUGGAACAGAUAAUGCUACUCAUCGAUUGCUAGCUACAGCACGCACAGGAGAAACAAUAGUAAGUGGAGUACGUUGUAGUAAUAUCCCUUCACUUACAAGGGUUGGUGUUUUUAGUGAUGAUUAUUCUUCUUCUCCGGCUACAACUGUCGGUACAGCUCUACCUACUUCUACUUCUGCAGCUUCGGUUUUUGUCGUUGUUAAUAAUUCCAGUGGAAAUGUUGGUACUGGUAAUGAAAGCAGUCCGUUUAGGCGACAACCACACCUUCCAUUUCCACGACAAUAUGAAUUAUUGUCAAGCAGCAACAAUAGUAUUACUAACUAUAAUGAUGAAAGGCCAACAACAGCGAAAUACGAACACACUUCACAGCUUGAAGGAGAAGGAGAAGAAGGUGAAGAAGAUGAUGAUGAUGAUGAUGAUGAUGAUGAUGAUGAUGAUGAUGUUGACGAAGGUGUAGAGGAAACAGAUGAGCAGCGUUUUUUCCGUCAACAUGAAAACCUUUCCUUUAGUGAAUGGAGACCAUGGUUUGAACAGUUCUGUACAAUGCUUGUUGAAAGUAGUGAUCAUAUAUGUGUAAGUAGUUGCUUACCACUAGUUCGUCGUCACUUUACAAUAUUUUCAUCUGAUUUACUACCUAUUGCAUUUUUAUCACAUCUUACAAAAUGUGAAGAUAGAGUUGUUCGUCGGUGGAUGCAGCUUCUUUGUGAUUUUGUACAUAUGCAUAAUCAUGUACCACAAAUCAUCGCUGCAGAGAUGGCACGUUUAGCACAUCAUAUUCGUCUUUAUGGUCCUUCACUAUUUAAUAGUUCUCUUUUACGGAUAAUUGAGAAUACAUACAUUACACUAGACCUUUUAGUUGUGCUAGCUGAUCGAGCUCUUAACCCACCUCUUGUAAUAUUUUAUGUUGAACAACAGUUACUAACCGGUUUUACAUGGUCAGCAUUAGAACGUGUUGUGGUAGCAUUAGAAGAUAUUAAUUAUUUAAAUGAUCCUCGUUUUUUAUCUUUUCAUCCACUUGUUCGCCGUGCUGCCCAUCAAUUACUACGUUCAUAUAAAAAUGAGAGAAGGAAAAGUGGUGGUAUGAGUGCGGUUUCCAGCCCAACAUGUGAAUUUGUUGAAGAUGCAUAUACAACCACAAAACCAACAACAACAACAACAGCAACAACAACAAGAAGAAAUACAACUACCACUACCACUACAGUUAGUACUAGUACUACUACAGCAACAGCAACAACAACAACAACAGCAGCAGGGGUAUCAACAUCAGCAGCUAGAAGAGCAUCGCUUACACCGUAUGAUGGAGAACUCCCUUGGGAAAGGAGAGAAGAUAAUGAAGACGCCCCUUCCACAGUUGUAGGUGCUAUCAUGUAUGGUGAAGAAGUUUGUGUACCACCACCUGCUCUUCUUGAAUUAGGGUGGUUUGAAGCCGCAUCUCAGGAAUAUCUACGUUCUAUUUGGGCAACUUUAAAGAAUCGUGUAAAUGGACCUCAUAUGCAAAUUUCUAAUAUGGGAGUAAAGCGACAAUUACUUUCUUCUGCUGAUGUUCUUGGUGCUAUGCGUUGCUAUAUGCAUGUAUACGAUUUUGAAAGUAUUUUAAAUAUGUGGAUGAUGAUAAAGGAUGUUCCAUUUGCCCCUGAAGAGGAAUCUAAACCAGAAAUAGAAUUAUAUCAACCCCACCUUAAUGUUUCAAGUUCAUCUUCUACAGGUUUAAGUGGAUCUAGAUAUGCUCAUAUGACUAGAUAUGUAGUUUCUGCUGCUAAAGCUCUUUCUCGUUGGGAUAUUGCAAAUGAAAUUGGUUACGAUCAUUUUUCCCCUAUAGACCGUGAUAAUGGUGAUCGUCACCCACGUGGAUGUAAUAAGGAUUUUCAUUUCUACAAACAUUUAGAGAUUUUUCGAGCAGCUUCUCUUACAGCCUCUAAGGAGUAUGGAAAAGCUAAAUCCGUAUUAGAAGCUCUGCGUACAACUUUAAAGGAUUUUUACGGUGUUUUUCACACAGCGAAUACACGAUUAAAGUUUGAACUAAGUAUCAUGUUUCAACAAAUUUCUGACCUUGAAGAAGGCAUAGAUGCUAUUGAACUAAAAGGUGAACUAGGGGCUGGGAAUAAUAAAAUGUCAGGACCCACUAAUACAAAUACUACUAAUACCAAUACAAAUACUACUACUACUAAUGCUACUAAUACUAAUACUAAUACUACCACUACUCCUACUAGUAAUAAUAAUAAUAAUACUACUACAGCUGCUGGUACAACAAGUGGUGGUAUUACAGCUUCUUCUGAAAUGAAAAGUGAUACUAUAUUAGGUGGAGGACGAGAAUCUCAAGAGCCACAUUCAAAUAGACGAAUUGAUAUGGCCGCCUAUACAGAAGCCACAUUAAGGCGAUUACAGAAUAUUGCUGGUAGACCUCUUCCUGCUCACUGUACUGUAUUACAGAGAUUUGAAACAAUUGCUCUUCGUAGUACCCUCGUUUCACCAGAUUGUCAACUUCGUAAUAUUUUGGUACUUACGGAAGAAAUUACUCAAGAAGGAUUACCAAGAAGAGCAGUACGAACAAUAGAUUACUUUUACUCUCUUCCUAUUGAUAGUAGUGAUAUAGAAACUGAACGUAAAUACCGUAAUACCUUAUUAUUAGAGAAGUAUCGACUUGAAUUACAACAUUUACAUCGAACAAGAGAAUUGGGACGUUUACAAAAUGAAAUAGUGGAGGAUCUUAUGUUAAAGUGUAACAGUGGAUUAGCAAAUAUACCAUCUGUAAUGCGAUUAUCUGGGACAGAAGGAAUGGAAUUCGCAGGAUUUAUUGGUCCAGGACCUGUAAGUGAACAUCAUGCAGAGUUACUUCUAUUACAUCUUGAAUGUCAACGUAAACUGGCAAGUAUUCAUCAAAGGCGUAAAUCUGUAUCUGCAGCACCAUCUCCUAUGCUUGGUCCUCAUCCAAAUGAUGGAAUGGGAUUUUCACCUGAAAUUCCUUCACGUGUUUGUGCUUCAUUUCUUUCUUCCGCAACGCGAUAUGGUGGUGAGGGAAGUAAUGAUAGUAACAAUAGUCAUAGUAGUUAUCAUACACAUGAUUUGGAUGAAGAAGAAUCUCCGGCGGAUAUCCUUUUACGUGAAUAUCGUCUUAUGGAAUAUGUUAUUGGAUCUUCUGAUGUUAUUCCAUCUAUAUGGAGAGAAUUUGGAUUAUUAUUAUUUGAUGUUUGCAUGGCUAUCUAUGCAGAGUGGGAUUCCACCCGAGAACCUGAAACACUUAAUAACUUUUGUGUUCAAUCGGAAAAGGCCAUUAGUGCACUUCAGAAAUCUGCUCAAUUCUGGAAUAGUUCUGCUAUUACUUCAAUAACCGGCAUUGGACCUUUUAGCAGUGCUUCCACACGACGUCUGCGGCAUGCACGGGCAGCACUUCCUGCUGUACAUCUUGUAUUAAAAUCACUGCAUCUCGCACUUAAAUUGGAGGAAAUUGUCACUCACUAUAAUAAUAGUAGUAAUAACGAGGAUGAUGAGCAUGAAACUGGAAAUGACGCGGAUGCUAGUCGUGGCCUUCCACAACACAACAGUACCACUACUACUACUACUACUACUGCUAAUAAUAAUAUAAGUAAUAAUAAUAAUAAUAAUAAUAAUAAUAAUAAUAAUAAUAAUAAUAAUAAUAAUAAAAGUAGGAACAAUGAAAGAUUUCGACGUGGGGCUGGCUUUGCUCAACUAGACUUCUCCCCCGCUAUGUAUCUUCACUGGGGAGCUGUAUUGCCAUUUCUCAUCAAUGCAGCGGCCCGUCACCGUAAAUUACACGAUGCCGUUCGGGAUAUGUGUAUGAAGUCCCGUUCCAUGUUAUGUCAAUGUGUAUUUCACCUCACCGCCACCUUUGAACACCGGCAUGAGUCUCUACUCACACAGCAACAACAACAAGAGGAUGAGGAAAGACGACGGGCGGAAAACUAUCCUGGCAAUACACAUUCAAUCUCAUCUGCACAAACAGGCCCAACCGCAUCAAGUUUGUUUGUAACAGAAGAGACCCAUAAUGAAGAGGGAAAGUCCGUUGUUGGGGCAUCUCGACAGGAUAUCGCGUCGGAAUCUACUUUUACUUUACUUCAACAACAACAACAACAACAACAGGAACAACAACAAGAACAAAAGCAGCAAAAUUGGAAAUCUAUGGCGGCUAAUUCCUUAAGUUCACCAGGAGGUACAGAUAGACGUGAAAUAGAUGUUGCUAUUCAGAGACCAAAUGAUACACAACAUCAGUGGCGAUCUAGUAUGCUUCGUAUAUUGGCUGAAGUUGGUGCUGAACAGAAAGCAAUGAUUCAACAAACCAUACAAUUAUGUGAGUUUGUACGUAAUGGGAAAAAUACUUCUAUUUCAUUAGGUACAUGUGCUUUACCAGCACCUACAUGGUUUCUUCAACGCCGCAUCGUAGAGGUUGAUGGAGAAGAGGAAAAUUCAAUGAAGUAUUCAGCAAGUAAAACAAAGAAUUUUUCUCCCGGUAAUGAGAAUGAGAUAUUAUCAGAAAAAGAACGAUCUGCUAAAGCAAGACCCUCUGAAGUUCAACGUAUUUUACACGUACGUCGUCAACUUGUUCCUCAUCAAGCUCCACAAAGACGACGUGAAGAGGUUCUUCUUUUCUUUCUUUCAGAUGGAUCAUGUUUACGAUUUCAUAAUAUUGAUGUGGUAGAGGAUAUUACUGUGGGUUCCACAACCCCAUCAUCAUUAGGAUAUGGUUUAGGAAAUAUUGGAGGAGGAGGAGGAGGAGGAGGAGGAGGAGGAGGACAAAUGUCUGUUGAUAUGGCUACGCUUACUACGACUUCUGCUGCUGGUGUUGGUGGAUGUGUUGGAGGAGGAGGAAGUGAUGUGACCUCAUUUGGUUUGGCAUCUAUUACAUUACCAGCUGUAGGUGGUGAGAAGGGCAUUUCACAUACAGAGUCUACAGAUCAUACUGCUUUUAUUCGUCCUUUAGCAACAAUGGAAAGUGCUGUUUGUUGUCUUCUUGGUCAUCUUCCUGUACAGUUUGUGCGUAGACCUCUCGUUCUUCCUAUUGGGAUACAGGAGUUUAUUACUCAACUUCCAGAUCGUGCUAUUUACACUUCUGGAUGGCUUAUUAAAUUACCACCAUCUUUACAGUUUAACUGUGCAGCAUCUAUGAUGCGACAACCAUCUUCUAUCUUUCAUAUUCUUUCUGAAUAUAGUCUACGAUAUCGAGAUGAGAACAGUUUUUAUAAUCAACAAAAUCAUCGAAAGAGUCAACAACAACAACAACAAGAGGAUGCUUCUACAGAUGUAAAUGAUGGUAAUUCUACACAUGCAGCAUCCUCAUCUACAGGUCCACAAAGACAUAAAUAUACAGAUACCACAGAUGCAGCUCAUUCUUCACGAUCAGAACGUAAUAGAAGAAGACUUUUAGCAAAAUAUGAAAGUCUUCUUGAAUUAGCAUUUAAUGAUGGUCAUGUUAGACCGUUAUGUACUUUUAUACGUCAAAUAAUGUUAACAAAGAAAUUAUCAGAGGCUGAAUAUCCACGACCUGCAGCAAAAUUAGUAUCACUGUUAGCAAUAGCUGAAGAAUUACUACAAGGACGUUCAAGAACUAGGGAAGAAUCUCAAAAGACAUCAGAUGCACCUGGAAAACGAACGACAACUAAUCUUUCUUCUACAGAUGUUGAUAAUGAAGAAUUUCAAAUGAGUGAAGGUUAUAGUUCUAUCUCUAUGUCUCCUUGUAAAAAAUCUAAAAAUAUACAUCCAAUAACUGCAGAAGCGUUAACAAAACUUCGAAUUAGUAUUCUUGAAUUAGAAUCACCACGAUAUACCCCUGCAUUACGGCUUGCCUUUCAGUCUUCCUCUGCAGAUGCUGCCCAGUGGUUGGAAAUUACACAUGUGUAUACACAUGAAUUAGCAGAAUGGAGUAUAUUACAGUAUUUAUUAGAUACUACACAAAGAGAAUGUGCGACAUUUUUUGUAGAUUUUUCAACUGGUCAUGUUGCCUCUCAUCAUCUUGGUGUUCACGCACUUCAACCAUUAUCUCCUCAUUCCAUGAGAAAUCGACACUCGGGUUCCUCAGCCGUUGUGGAUGGUGUUUUAAGUGAAGAAAUACGUAAGGAUGAAAUGAUAAUAGAAGAGAAUAAUCCAUCAUCUGCUUCAUCGCAUUUUUGUAGAGAUCCAUCUAUAUUUAGACUAACAGGAUGUUUGGCUUCACCUUUACCAUUAAUGUGUCCAUAUGGUGUUUUUCUUGGACGAGCCACACGAUGUCUUUAUUCUUUUUUACGAUAUAGACGUGAACUAACUGGUAUUAUUUCAUUUGGAUUUCAUGAUUUAAGAUACUUUACAUGGAGUCCAACCAUACAACAACAACCAUCACUUCCCACAGAUGGUGUAGAUGUGGAUGUUACUAUAAAGAGUAAUAGUGGUGUGAAUAUACCAGAUGCCUCUAAUCGAGAAGUCUCUCGACUAACAGCUUCCGGUGUUACUUUACAACCGGCUGAUCUUUGUGUAAAUGCCGGUGCCAUGACAACUCCACUUGGUGAACUUCCCGCAACGCCUAUUAUGGAAGGAGCGCCGCAUACAAUGGAAUUAGCCGUAGCUGGAUUUGAUAAAAGUAUCUCUUCAAGUCCAUUAAAAGCUACACAAAAUGCCAUUACGGUACCUUACAGUACAAAUACACAUGAUACGACAGAGCAAGGAACACGAACAGAAGGACAAUCGGAAGAAGAAAGAAGACGUGCAACUGCGGCAACAGAGGCUUUUCGAAGAAUGUCUUAUUCAGCAGUAAAUGCGGCAGUAUUUGAUACAUGGAGAACACGAAAUAUUCAAUAUCAACAACAACAGCAACAACAACGUCGUAAUCUAUUACCACGAUUAUUUGAUGGUUCAUCUAUGAUUGAAAAACUUACAGAUGAGUUUCUUCCUAUGCAAGAUGAACCAAAACUUGUAUAUUUUACUUAUCCACCAACAGAAGAUUCUAAAGAUCUUAUUUUCCUUUAUCCUCACAAUAGUAUGGCAGAUCCAGAAGUAUCUAUUAAUGUUCCUGAAAAACCAUUUUUACCACCAACAGUCUCUUCUUCUUCUAAGUUAAUGGGUCGAGCUACUUCUAAUUUAGGUAAUCGUGGUACUGCACGAACUGUUAAUGAACGUGUAUCGCAACUUAUUCGAGCAGCAAUGGAACCAGAAAAUCUAGUUGGAACUGUAAACACCCCACACGGUUGGAGUCUUUGGGCACCCCACUGGUAA